CCGAUGGUAACAUCCGCUUCAACACCGAAGUAAGUACCUGUGGGCGCUGGUGACGAGGCGAAGAUGGGUUUGGCCAUGGCUAGAAGUCCUAGUUGCUGUCACUGUCAACUAACAACUCAGCCAGGUAAGAAAGCAAAUGGUGCCAUGAAAACUGGCUCUGUGGGUUCCAACCCCCGGUCACCCACGCCUUCUCCCAUGGAGGGCAAACACAGCCGCUUCGCAAUGCUGGGGAGGUUGUUCAAGCCCUGGAAGUGGAAGCGGAAAAAGAGCGACAAAUUUGAACAGACUUCCAGAACCCUCGAGAGAAAAAUAUCUAUGCGUUCAACCAAAGAUGAGCUUAUUAAAAAAGGUGUACUUUUACCUGAUGUUACAGAAAAGGAUCAAGAUGGCAAAAUAAACGAUUCCGUGCUCCAGAACCACAUUCCGCAAAUUAACGGCUUUUUGUCCGAGGUUGAUAUGUCUGAAGCUGACAAGCUUAGUUCACCAACUGUGACAUCCUCGACAUCCGACUCGUACAGCACCAUUCUAGUAACAAACUCCUCCACAGCUACUGGGUUAACCAUAACAUCUCAAAAUAUAGAUGUGUCCAUGCCUGUGAUACACAAUGUUUCCCUGUUGAACCUUCCAGAUGUUGAAGAGGUGCCUUCACAUGAUGGGGAAAUUGUCCUUUCUGUUUUACCUGAGCCUCCGAUAUCGGUUAAUGACAUCGGACCCAUCCCACCUCCACCCAUGUUUUCUAAUCCUUCUCCCCUUUUGGUGUCCAAAUUCCACUCUGUAUCAGAUCAAUCAGAUGAUACAAGUGAUCUUGAAGACGAUUCUGAAGUUGAUUCACCUAGCCCAUGUGUUGUCUAUGUUACACAGUAUGAUCCAACUAUUAAUACCUCUACAGUAGAGGAAAUACCUGCCAAAGAACCACACCCCUUGACAGCAAUGCCCAAAAAGAGUGCUCUGAAAAAGAAAGGCCCUUUUACCUGUGCUGAUUUUCAGAGGCUUUCCAUUGUUCAGAAUAGGUCUAACAAUAAAGGAGAUACAUCCUAUGGUGACAAUGAAAACCAUUCAGUGCCUACAAUAUCUGUAAACACAACAGAUAAUUCUGAUUCUGAUUCAGAAUCGGAAAGUCCUAUUUUAUGGAGGGAUUAUUAUGGAGAUGAUGAGGAAUGCCAGCAAGUUGCUAAAGUAGCUCGCAAAGACUCCCUAGCCAUGAAACUAGCUCAACGUCCUGACAUCCAGGAACUGAUUGAUAAAAAUAUUUAUAUUGCUCAUUCUGAACAAGAAAGUCAAGAAACAAAAGAGGAUGUGAGGAAAAAGCUUAUCAGGCGUCUUAGUUUAAGACCAACACCUGAGGAGCUUGAACAGAGAAACAUUCUAAAAUAUCAGUCAGCUGAAGAACUAAGGAAAGAAAAAGAACAAAAGAAAAACACUUUAAUCAGAAAACUGAGUUUUCGACCUACAAUAGAAGAACUCAAAGAGCGAAAAAUUAUACGUUUUAAUGAUUAUGUGGAAGUUACACAGGCUCAAGAUUAUGAUAGAAGAGCUGACAAGCCAUGGACUAGACUCACACCUAGAGAUAAGGCAGCUAUACGAAAGGAGUUAAAUGAGUUUAAGAGUAUGGAAAUGGAGGUUCACGAAGAUAGCAGACAUCUUACUCGGUUUCAUCGGCCAUGAAAUCAUAAUGUAUGUGGCAAGCAGAAUACAUUAAGAAAAUACUUCUAUAGCAUAAACAUGCAGAAGAAUAAAAGCAAAAUAAUAUACACUUCAAUGCAUAUACACAUGGAGAAAAUGUACAAUUUCUGUGUAUGGUUUUUUCAUGUAUAUAUAUUAGAAUACAUGUAAUUUGUUCAUAUUCUUUGCAUGUGUAUAUAUUGAUAUUUGAUUUACAUGUGUAUAUAUUAAGUGCAUAAAAAUCAUUCGAUAGGCUGGCCCUGCAGUUGUCAAGUGAUGUUACUUAUGCAGUUAUCAUAUGUAAUAAUACAAUUUAAAUAUCCUCAGGCCUGAACUUUUUUAUUAAAAAAAGAUGAGAAUGACUUUGAUUAUUCGAGUUUUGGAAGGGCAUUGAGGUUUUUGUGAAUCACAGAAGUUGGGACGAUCUUUGCAAGUUUUAUUUUUUGGACGAGUAGAGCUUUUAUAGCCUAGACUACUCAUUUCUGUACCAGAAUUGGGAGAAAAGCAGUUGUAAUAUUUUUAAAGAUAUGUAAGGUAAUAUUUUUGUGCUAUAGUUCUUUUUUCCUGUUUGCAGCCAUUUAAGGAAUAUAUUUGAGGUAUUGUUUAAUGUUUAUCAUGUGCUGUUUAUAUGUUUAUUUUGAAUAUUGUACAGUGUCAUGCAGAACAAAAGAUCUGUGAUCCUUUGUUUUGUAUAAAUUGUAUUUUGUAAAUACCAGCAUUCCUGAGUCAUUAUUUUGGAUGAGUACUUUUUUAUAUGUGUGAAUGGUGCUUUAUAUCUAUUUCAAAUGCAUUUUUAAAGCACCAUUUUGUUUGAUUCAUAAUGUACAUAUUACAUUAAGUCUUCUAUAUUUAAUUGUUCUCUGAAUUGCACUGUGCCUGUUAGCUUUAAAAUAGUGAAAUAUUGAUGUUAUAAAGCUGUUACCCUUAAAGUUGGUUGAAACGUUGUUCGCAUUAACUUAUUUUUAUAGUUUCAUUAAAUGUAUUUUAAAAUUUGCAUAUGUAACACAUCCAGUUUAUAUUUGCAGAACAUUGUGAAUUUAUCUCAUGUUGUGUAAUUUUAUAGUAAAUUUUAUGAUCAUCCAACCAUUAUUUUUUAAGUAAAACUUUAAUGUAAAAUUCAGUAUUAAAUUGGCAUCCGCAGAUUUAAAUGAGACUGUGAUAAAUACUUUACAAUAUUUUUUUGAAUGGAACUGUCAUUUAUUAGAUUGUAAAUAUUGAGCUUUAUAUUUCAUACCUCUUCAGUUCCUCUAGAUCUUGUAAGUAUGCAAAGAACAUGAAUGAAAAUAGUUAUUGCAUUAACUGCUUUGUAUGUAUAGCUCAUUUACAUUUUUAUAUGUUUGUAAAAAACAAAUCUGCCUGUUAAAUGUUGUGAUUAAGAAAAGUGUGCAGACCUGAUCAUUUUUCUCCACCAUAUUUGAAGACCAUUUAUAUUUGCUGUAAAAAAUAUCAGUGUAAACAUUCAUUGAGCAAUAAAUAUCGUCUUUUAAUUUGUUCCUAUUUAUGUCCAGUAAAUAUAUGAAUUAUGUGAAAAUAUUAGAAAUAAACAUACUUUUAAUCCCUU